GAGCUACAAAGUUUGUUGUUAAGGUGGAGAAGGAGGGAGGGGAACAAUCCCCACGGUUUAUUUUAUUUUUUUCCAGAGGGAAGUUUUUUUUCCUCACGAGUUUACCUAGAGUUUAUUGAUUAGACGAAGGCGACAGAUUAACCGUAAAAACCGACCAUGCCGCGAGCCUUCCUUGUAAAGAAGGCGAGAUACUCUCCCGGUAAGCGGAACUGGAGCGAGCUGCCAGACCACGAGCGCGGGUACGUCUAUAUCCCAGUGUCUGCAUUCCCCUUAUUGGAGGAGACUGAAGCCAGCCCAGCAGAGACCGCUCUCUGCCUCUCCACGACGACACGCUACGAGUUCACCAAACGCACGGAUUCACUCCUGCGUGACGUGCACAGCGUGAUGGCCCCGAGAGCGGAGCUGCCCUCGUGCACGUUGCUGGGUCGACCACAAAGCCCGGGUCGGGGGUUAGAGGUCAAGAGGAGGGCACAGAGCAGCACCUACGUCCGCUCCAAAAUCAAGGUGACUACAGGUGAGCUACCCAGUGAGAUUCCAAUACGCCCCCAGCCUUCCGUCCCCGAAAUCACCACCACACCUGUUGCCUUGACGACGUCCGCUACUGCCCCGGUCUCCACAGUAACGAAGUCAGGGACAGGUGCUCAGGCGUCGUUCGUGUGCCAGGUGUGUCAGAAGGUGUUCCAGUAUCAGAGGAUGUUGAACCGACACCUGAAGUGUCACAGUGAUACUAAGAGACACCUGUGUAACCACUGUGGUAAAGGAUUCAACGACACCUUCGACCUGAAGAGACACGUCAGAACACACACAGGAGUGCGUCCCUACAAGUGCUCUCUGUGUGACAAGGCCUUCACCCAGCGCUGCUCUCUAGAGUCUCACAUGAAGAAGAUCCACGGUGUGACCCUGCAGUACGCCUAUAAGGAGAGACGCAACAAACUCUACGUCUGUGAGGAGUGUGGCCACACCGCCCCUUCCCAGGAUGCACUGCUCAAACAUUACCACGCCCUCCACCCCAACUCCGUCUUCCUGAGGGCGAAGGGUGGGAGAGGGGAGGGGGGUGAGGAGUCGAUGCCUGGGUCGCCGCUUUCGAACAGUCAAUAUAGUGAUGAUACUACAGGAUCAGGGGGGCAGUAG